AUGGCGAUUAUGCAGAAAUGCUGCUGUUCCGACAACGUCAGGAGUGGGUCUACUGUGGCUGGAAUAUACUCGAUUGGUCUUUGCUUCCUGUGUGUGGUGUCUCAGUACCAGGAGCUGAGGGAUGGGCGUGGCCGUAUUGAGGACGUGAUGGCUGCAAGGAGCCAUAUCAACAUUAUUACUUCCACUGCCCCUGGCUUUGGGGGUGCUGUCAUCGUCUCGCCAUCAACACGGGGCUACCCUCAACCAGGCUACCCACCCCAGUCGAACUACCCUCCUCAGCAAAGUUACCCACCCCCGCAGGGGUACCAACCCCAGCAGGGGUACCCAGCCCAACAGGGGUACCCAGCCCAACAGGGUUACACACCUAGACCAGUGCUAGAAAACCCACCAGCUUACUCUGAGAAAGCGGCGCCCUAA